GGGGCUCCACCUCCACCCCACCUCUGCUGCCUUUUCCCAGUCGUCUCAGUUCGUCCUCUGGCCACUUUAGCCUUUGGUCGGGGACGAAGCCCGGAGACUGUGGCCCCAUUGCGACCCCGGAGUUCGAGUCGGCCGACUUGCCUCUGGGCCUGGGCCUGCCCGGCCGACGUGCGGCCCUGCGGCCACUUGCGGAAGCAGAAGUCCUAGCGUCGCCGCUUCUUCGUGCUCCGCGCGGACCCGCCGCAUCUGGAGUGUUACGGCGAGAAGUUCUGCGCCGACCAAGUGCGGCCCAAGCUCAGCGUGAGCCUGGCGGGUGCGUGCACCAUCCACAAACGCGUGGACGCGCUCCAGCGCCACCUGAUCAUCCUCUACCCGCACGACGGCAGCCUGGGCGUGGCGGCGGCCAGUGAGAGGGAGCCCCAGGCGUGGUACGGCGCCCUUCUCGAGGUGCGCGCCGCCGCCGGAGCCCCCUGUGCCCAGUCCAUUGUCUCUCCAGGUUUCGGGUCCCACAAGGACCCGGGGGUCUGGAUCUUCGCUCCUUUUCAGGACGUCUGGCCCGUGACGCUGCGGCCCAAGGGGCUGGGGCAGACGCGAGGCCUGGGCAGCAGUGGCUACCACUUGUGCCUGGGUUUGGGGGUAGUGAGCCUGCUGCGCAAGCCCAGGGACAGAGGCUCCGGGAGCACCCAGGCAUUGCCGCCGCCGCCAGCCUUGCACCUGUCCGAGCUCAGCGUACACCGCUGCGGCCAGGCGGACUCUUUCUUCUUUCUGGAGCCUGGCCGCUCGGCGCCCACAGGUCCCAGGGAGCUGUGGCUACAAGCGCCCGACGCCGUAGUGACCCAAAGCAUUCACAAGACCGUACUGGCAGCCAUGAAGUGACUCUGGGACAGUGGUGCUGGUGACAGGGCUGAGCUGCUGCCAAGGGAUCCCUUGACGAGCGCCCCCAGGCCCACUGUCCCCCAACCUUAUGAAACCCUGGCUUCUAUGGCCCAAUCAAGCUGCAAGAGCCGUCGGGGUUGCUUGGGUGAGAGGAGGGACCAGGCGACCCUUGAGAACCUGACUCUUGGGGCAGUAGCCUCGUACCGCGAGGGGUUGGAGUGCAACGGGCUCCGGGUGUGACUAUGAGCCCAUGGGGGGGCGGCAAGGCAGGCAGUUACAUGGUGAUGGAGCCCACGGGCCUUCUGGCUGCCAUCAGCGUGGCUCCCCACCAGUCGCUCCAGGACUGGGGGGCCACCGAAUACGUGCCCAUGAGCCACUUUCCAGCAGAGUCCUUUUCCUCGAGCUCCCUGUCAGGGUCCCACAAACCCAGGGCCAGGGAGCCUAGACUCGGGCAUCAAGGCCCCCACCGCGGAUUUGGGGACAGCUGGGGACUGGCAGGGACUCCUCCAGGUUUGCAGCCACCAUAAGAGUUAGCUGGGGAUUAUGUGUGCAUCGAGUACGUGCGCCCGGACUACGUAGGAAUGGGCACUGCCAUACCAAGGACCCCCAGGGGCACCUCAACUAUGCCAACUUGAACCUGGUCCCUCAAAGGGAAGCAGACGACCUCAGGACCAGCAGGCACUCGCACAGCUAUGCGCGCAUCGAGUUCCAGAACCUCAGGGAGGCGCCAGUGAGAGGCCCGGGCGGUCCUGCCCCGUCUAGGUGACGGAUGGAUGGAUGGGGAGGAUGAAGAUAACUCGGUGAAGUUAGGAAUGCCUUCCCUGUCUCCCUAAACCCCCCAUCCCUACCCACGGUGGGUGGGGGGUAAAGUGGCUCUAAGGCCCAGAUGCCCCUCCCACCCCCACACAUGGGACCUGCAGAUGUUCUGAGCUGCCCUUAGGCCCUCUGACCACUUUGCCCCUUCCAGCUUGUGCCUGGGAAAUCUUCAGGAGCAGGUUCCCUAAGAAGUUGGAUUCUUUGAGGGGUGAAAAUUCUAGAACCCACCCACAUCCCCACCUGUACAAAACUACUAACUUCAGGGCUUUCUCAGCCAAAGCCCUGGUCCUCUUUGUCCUCACAGAGUUCCUGCAGCAUCACUCCAGAGUCCCAGGUCAGCCUUGGUCCCCGACCCUGCCUCGGAUGACUCCACGUGUACCUGCCUCCUCUCCGCAUACCUGUAGAGCCUGCCCUGUGUCUCCUCCCAGCCAAAGAAUGAACUCCCAACCCCGAGAAUGAACAUUCUGGGGCUCCAGCAAAGGGGGAUGAAAGCACUAGGUAUCUUACCUCUCCUGCCCCCCCAGAAGUGACAUGGCACCCCCUUACUGCCUAGUUUGCCUCUUCCAGUGUCAACUGCAUGCUCACACCAUCCUCCCUCUUUUGGUGCCUGGCAAAGCUAUGGGUCCUUGCUUCCUAUAUAUUGCCUGGGGGGACUGCUCUGCGCAUGCACCCACACACACCGCCAUUAAAGGUGUCUGGUCAGCCUGGGAAGGUCUUAGGC